AUGCGUCUUCAUUGGAUCUCCUUCGUCCACAUUGUCGUGGUGGUCUACUUGUCAACCAGACAUUGGUUCAUCUUCCUGCAAGGCAUUCUUUUUACGACCAAGCGCUUUCAGGAUAAUACGAAUCAGUUGCUGCUGUUUACCGCCUUGUCAGAGCAAGCGCAGGUGGACAUGUGGAGUGCAGUGAAUCGCAAGAACUUGCGAGAGAUCCUCAUGACCGUCAGCCCGACCAGUGGCCGGAGCAAUGUCGGUCACCUGAGCGUGAGCGAGGUGGAAUUGAAGCAGCAGAUCAACAGGCACCUCGAUGGAGAUAUCUUGGACUUGAAGAAGAUGGUGGAUAUCCAAGCCUGGUGGAAGCUGCGGAAGUACAUUCAAAUUGAUUUCGUGGACGAGUCAGCCGUGAUGGAUUUCUGCGCGGCCUCCUCGACCAUCCUUUUCCUAAGCUUGGCCUCAUGCGGAAUUCUCGACUGGAUCCUGAACCGCGACCCCUUCUCGCGAGGCUUGGCCCUGAUCUUCAUUUUGGUGUCAGCCCUGAACUACGCGAUUCUGCGCGUCUUUCAAGUCUGCGUGAACAUCAACCUGCUGCUCGAGCGCGAUGCUCGAGUCCUCACAGACGCUGCGGUGGACAUCCUCACGCGGCCAGGCGAAGCGAAGCAAGAAGUGGCCACUUUGCUCUUGGCACUGCAGAGGAAGGUAGAGGGCUUCGAUGAUCAGCAGGGCCUUUUUGGUCUGAAGAUCACGCGCCACAUGCGCAACGGCUGGGCUUCAGUGGACUUUGUGGUGAUGUUCUGGUCAGCGUGGCAGAUGUUUCGGCCAUCAAUGGAGACCAUGGAAGUCCAUGACAUGGAAGGCAUCGUCUCGAACCUCACAAGCUUUCUGCCCGUGGUUUAG